ACCGGAAGAAGACGGUCCUCUUCGUUCCUAGCGCAGCCAUGGCUCGUGGGCCCAAGAAGCAUCUGAAGCGUGUGGAAGCUCCAAAGCACUGGAUGCUGGAUAAACUGACCGGAACGUUUGCUCCUCGUUCAUCCACCGGCCCCCACAAGCUGAGAGAGUGUCUCCCCGUGAUCAUUUUCCUGAGGAACAGGCUGAAGUACGCCCUGACGGGAGACGAAGUAAAGAAGAUCUGCGCGCAGCGGCUUGUUAAGAUUGACGGCAAGGUCCGCACCGAUGUGACCUACCCCGCCGGGUUUAUGGACGUCAUCAGCAUCGACAAGACCGGGGAGAACUUUCGCCUGAUCUACGACACCAAGGGCCGCUUUGCUGUUCAUCGUAUCACACCUGAGGAGGCCAAGUACAAGUUGUGCAAAGUGAGAAAGAGCUUUGUGGGCGCAAAAGGAAUCCCUCAUCUGGUGACCCACGACGCUCGCACCAUCCGCUACCCGGAUCCUCUCAUCAAGGUCAACGACACCGUCCAGGUGGAUCUGGAGACUGGCAAGAUUACCGAUUUCAUCAAGUUUGACCCUGGGAACCUGUGUAUGGUGACCGGAGGUGCUAACCUGGGAAGAGUUGGUGUGAUCACCAACAGCGAGAGAUACCCCGGUUCUUUUGAUGUGGUUCACGUGAAAGAUGCCAACGGCAACAGCUUUGCCACCCGGCUCUCCAACAUUUUCGUUAUCGGCAAGGGCAACAAACCGUGGAUUUCCCUCCCCAGUGGAAAGGGAAUCCGCCUCACCGUCGCUGAAGAGAGAGACAAGAGACUGGCCGCCAAGCAGAGCAGCGGGUGAAAUGACCUCUAUGGAGGAGUCUUGGUAGUCUGUUGAAGCUAAUACAGCAUGAAAAGAGAAAAAGAUCCAUUUUUUCAAAAUGGUGGGAGUCUAGUAAUAAAUAACUUUUGAAGAAAUGUUGUGUGUAACUUGCUGGUGUGGAGUGCUACAGAGAUCUUUCCUGUUCCCUGGUUCCCAGGACGCAUAGCCACAUUUUUGUUCCAGAGAAACUCCAGCUCUGUUUGCUCCCUGCAGAGUUUGCUGAGGGGCACCAUUUCAUAAGAAGGGAUACAAGAACAUCAUCCUCUAUCAAAAGGAGGCUAGAGAUAGGAUAGGAGAAUACACUUGGGGAAUGCAGAUUUAACAGAGUCCUAGCCACUGUAUCUUAUUGUGGAGAAAGGGGUGGGGGGCAUUUAAUAUGACUCCUUCCUCCCUACAGUAGCAUCAGGAGUGUCUUUCGUGUCCUCAAAUAAACUGGAAGCUGGUGAUCAUCUCUAGUCUAAUUGCUGAGCCAUUGAACCAGUGGAGAAUCUGAUGACCCAGGCCUGAUGCUACUGAUUAGUGAGAAAGGAGUGAGACAGGGGUGCAGGAUAACAUAGACAGAGUGUCUGGAGAUAGUUUGCAUUCCCACCAUUUGGUGAGGCAAGGAAAGUGGCUGGAACCCAAGCCGUCUUGCCAGUAGCUACCCAUGACUGUCCCCCCAAAAGGAACUGGGUGAGAAGUACUCAAGAGCAAAUGGUUGUGGGGAUGAAUAAGUAAAAGUUUGAGCCUUAGCUCAAUCUCUGUGACUGGGCAGAAAGGACUGGGUGGGGAGGAGGCUCCCACUGAGCUCUCUAAAGUCCAAUAAAUGCAACCCCAUGAGUUUUAGAUCGUUGCCACACAGAGGAAACUGAUGGCUGGUCAGUGCUGAGAAUCCGAAACAACCCUUGACUUUCACCAGAGUGGAACAGUUCUGAAUCUCAUUCAAAAUUUAAAAUGAACAAUUUACAUGCUGAACAUAUACUUUAUUACAAAUUAUUUUCUUUUAGGGCACAUGUGUACAGUGUCAGAUGGCAACUUGAAUGUGAUGUAGUCUAUACAGAAGUCAAAAUAUGAUGUACACCUGAAAUUUAUGUAAUGUUAUAAACCAAUGUGACCUCAAUUAAAA